AAAAGAAAUAAUUAAAAAUAAAUUUACAAAACACUAUUUAUUUUUUAUAGAUAUAGCAAUACAAAUAUUACAAAAUUUAAGUAGACUAAAAUGAGCUAACCUUAAAGCGAAGUAUUUAGAGUUGAUGUCAGAAAAUUACCUCCAAAUCUCUCUAAAGAAGAAUUUUAAUAAGCCAUUCGUGAUUAUUAAAGCAACAUUAUAUAUUAAUAUUAUGUUCCUGGUUAAAUAAAGGAAAAGGAAAUAGUAUUUUCAAGAGCUCACUUAAACUUUAAUACAUAAGAAAAUGGAUUAAAUUUUUUGAAUAACUUUAAGCAAAAAUUUGCAGAUAAACAGAAUAACACAGUUUAUGAACCUGUUUUAAGAAAAUCGCUUUACUAAAUAAAUCCUUAAAAUAAAGAUUAGUCCUCAAUAGAUUCAGAUUAUAAAGCAGGAUAUAUGUAUUCUCAGUUUGUUAAUUAUCAAGAACAGUAAUCAAAGCUAAAUGAAUAAAAAGUAGACAUCUCAUAAAUUGAAAGAAAAGCGAAUGAAGAUACUGAAGAAAAAGUUAAGAAAUUUGAAAAGGUAUAAACUCCAAUCAUUGCUUCUAUAGAAUAGAAGAAAAAAGAAGAGAGAAUGAAGAAAAUGAAAGAAAAGAUAAACUCAGGCUCCACCCAAAUCUGGGUUCCAAAAAAAAAUUAAAAUUGA